GUUCCCCGACCUGGGUGUCCCAACAACCAAGGCAGCUGCGCUCUCCUCCCGCAUAUCGCCGGCUUGACUGCCGCGGAUCUUUCAUCAUCAGGCAACAUUCGACCGCCCUCCGCCAGCAUGGCGACCCGACUAUCGCGUGCGCUCGUUGUCACGGCGCUGUCGCUGUCAUGCGUCGCCUCGGCUUACAACAACUACACGUCAGCCGACAUGCUACAGGCACAAGCAGCACUGAUGGCAGACCGUCCCAAGGACUGUCCUCCGUGCUUUAACUGCAAUCUUCCUAUCAACAGCUGUGGCCAGUUCGCCCCGUGCAAUGGGUACACCGGAAAGUGCGACUGCCCGGCGGGCUUUGGCGGCGACAACUGUCUCGAACCCCUCUGCGGCUCCCUUCCCCGAGGCCAGAACCGCCCGGCGCGGCAGGGGAAGUCCUGCAAAUGCGACGAAGGAUGGACGGGCAUCAACUGUAACGUGUGCACCAGUGACCGCGCAUGCGAUGCCAUGACGGAAACGGGCGACGGUGGCGUCUGCUACACCGGCGGCGAGGUGGUGAAGCAAAACUACCAGAUGUGCGACGUCACAAACAGGGCGAUCCGGGAUCUUCUUGGCACCCAAGUGCCCCAGGUAACCUUCACCUGCGAGAAGGAGUCUGGGGAGUGUGAUUUUCAAUUCUGGGUUGAUGAGCGGGAGUCCUUCAUGUGCCACCUGAACGAGUGCGAAUCGAGCGCCGACUUCGAUUCCUCUGCGGGGAAGAACACGACGUCCUACAAGUGCGAGAAGAUCCGCUGCGAGUGUAUCCCCGACCGCAUGCUCUGCGGCGCCAACGGCUCUGUCGACCUCACCGAAUUCCUCGUCGAAGUGAUCCGCGGUCCCGCAAGUUUCGGCUGCGAGCAACUAGCCGGCGGACCGAAGAAGUGCGCGUUCCAAGAGCCGGAAAUGAACAAACUGAUUAGCGACAUGUUCGGAGAUAUGAGCAUCCUCCUCACCUGUAACGCCGGAGAAUGUCUGUACCACACCGAGGUGCCCGGAUUCUCGCCCGAGAUCCCCAAGAUCAACACGCCACUGAUCGCCGGCGUUAUCGCCGGCUGUUCGCUCUUUCUCGUUGCCGUCAUUCUAGGGACCUGGUACUUGUCGAGAAGGCAGUUCAAGUAUGGGCCGAUUCACCUGGACGACUCGGACGACGAGGCGAUCAAGCUCAUGACGGACCACAAGCCGGCAUCCCUGUAUUUCCAGAACGUCUGCUACAGCCUCAACGGCAAGGAUAUCCUGUCGGGCAUCCAGGGCAUGGCCCAUCCCGGCGAGCUUACCGCCAUCAUGGGCGCUUCGGGGGCGGGCAAAACGACGUUUCUGGAUAUUCUUGCUCGCAAGAACAAGCGCGGCCACGUGUCCGGAGACUUCUACGUCAAUGGCGAGAAGGUCAGCGAUGCGGACUACAAGAACGCCACCGGCUUUGUCGAUCAAGAGGAUACGAUGCUCCCUACCUUGACAGUGCACGAGACCAUCCUCACGAGCGCCCUGCUUCGCCUCCCGCGGGACAUGACGCGCGCGGCCAAGGAGCAGAGAGUCUUCGAGGUAGAGAAGCAGCUGGGCAUCUACCACAUCCGAGACUCGCUCAUCGGAUCCGAAGAGGGCAAGGGGCGCGGCAUUUCUGGCGGUGAGAAGCGGCGCGUCAGCAUUGCGUGCGAGCUAGUAACGAGUCCUUCCAUCCUCUUCCUCGACGAGCCCACAAGUGGCCUCGACGCCUACAACGCCUAUAAUGUCAUUGAAUGCCUGGUCACCCUCGCCAAGACGUAUAAGCGCACCGUCAUUUUCACCAUCCACCAGCCCAGAUCCAACAUUGUCGCGCUCUUCGACCGCCUCAUCCUGCUGGCUCAGGGGAAGACGGUCUACUCCGGCCCGCUGCAUCAGUGCCAGGACUACUUCGACCGUAUAGGAUACAGCUGCCCGCCCGGGUUCAACAUUGCGGAUUACCUCGUGGAUCUGACCAUGCAUGCCGGCUCCACCACCUCCUUUGACGAUGGCACUAUCUCGGCAGACGUGGCGAGCGUUGGUCCUAGCAGCACCAGGGCAGUCAAGUCCAUCGCGAGCAUCUCCGGCGGCAGCGCCGGCGACGACAGCACGGUGGACGCAUCCCCGUCCCGUCCGAGAAGCCGGCGGCAUGAUUCUGUGCGGCUCAGGCAGGAACGAGAGCUCUUCACCCGCCGCAAGCAACCUGUAGACACGGCCGCCUCUUCGGACGCCGGGGACGAGAUCGGGGCUUACAGACUUCAGCAGACGCCUCACCGCGUGCCACCGCACAACCUCGACGAGCAUGACGACUUGCUGCCUCCAGCGUCCACCGGCACGGACCUCGACAUUCUCGUGCGCUCCUAUAUCCAGUCCGACAUUGCGGGAAACACGCACGACGAGAUUCAGCAAGCCAUCGCCGCAGCGGUUAGCACUAACGGCCAGAACUCCAACGGCUACUCGGUCGAUGGUCCCAACAUCAACAACAACAGCACUCCCACCAUGGGCCGCGGCUACGCACGUAUCGGCUAUUGGCGACAGUUCGUGCUGCUCUCCCGGCGCACCUGGCGCAACCUCUACCGCAACCCGAUGCUUAUGCUCACGCACUACGCCAUCGCCAUCCUGCUGGCCGUCUUUGCGGGCUACCUCUUCUACGGGCUGUCCAUGGACAUCGCCGGCUUCCAGAACCGCCUCGGCCUCUUCUUCUUCAUCCUCGCCCUCUUCGGCUUCAGCACCCUCACCAGCCUCUCCGUCUUCUCCCAGGAGCGUCUGCUGUUUGUCCGCGAGCGCGCCAACGGAUACUACUCGCCCGUCACGUACUUUGCCGCCAAGGUGCUGUUUGACAUUGUCCCGCUGCGCAUCAUCCCGCCCAUCCUGCUCGGCGCCAUCGUCUACCCGAUGACGGGGCUCGUUGCCUCGGUGGACAAGUUCCUGAUCUUUAUGCUGGUGCUGGUGCUGUUCAACCUCGCCGCGGCCGCGAUAUGCCUGUUUAUCGGCAUCGUCUGCAAAGACGGCGGCGUGGCCAACCUCAUCGGGAGCCUGGUCAUGCUCUUCAGCCUGCUGUUCGCCGGCCUGCUCCUGAAUCACAACGCUAUCCCGCCCGCCGCCCUGUGGCUGCAGUGGCUGUCCAUCUUCCACUACGGCUUCGAGGCGUUGAUUGUCAACGAGGUCACGCAGCUGACGCUGAUCGAUCACAAGAUCGGCAUCGAUAUCACGGUACCCGGUGCGGCGAUCCUGAGCUCUUUUGGAUUUGAUAACCAGGCGAUGUGGCCGGAUAUCAUCAACCUUGGGAUCUUCGGAGCCGUUUUUAUCGUGCUGGCAUACGGCGCGAUGCACGUGUUGCUUGUCGAGAGGCGCUAAUUAGGGGAAAGGGGUUGCCCCAUUUUUUUUAUUUUGUUUUCCUUCCGAGAAUCUUUUUUAAGGAGAGUCUUGUGGUUAUCUAUUUUCGUGGGAACGCAUCACGAGCGAGAUAGAGAUGGGUACUUGUUUUGUUCUGUCGUGUUGCUGCCUGACGCAGCUUCACAGGGAGCAUACUGGUAGUUAGUUACGGUAAACUUUUGGGACUUGGGGCGUUAGAAGGAGCACACAAAUGUUCUGCAGACA